AAUACCUGGUGCGGUGUGUAAACUUCGCUGCUGGAGAGUCAAAGGCGGUUGGCCUUCAUGGUUGCUUCUCGCGAACAGCACUUGCCCCAUGUGUCUAUGAAAGGCUACACGGGCGAUCUUUGUCUUUGUGUGUCUUGUGCAGGGAGCGAUGGGAGAGGAGGGGGCGGCUGGCGCGAAGGGGAACCCGGGGAAGAGAGUGAGGCCCAUAUGAGCACCGCUCCCACCCAUGGCGCCACCCCGGGAUGAUUCACAGCUGUAGCAGCACUUGCCCCGGCGGUCUGUUAAGGCCAUACGGGUGAUCUUUGUCUUUGUGUGUGUGCAGGGUCGUACGGGGCAGAGGGGACUAGUCGGCUCACCUGGACUGCAGGGAGAGAAGGGAGCGCAGGGCCCCCCAGGAUUGGAUGGAAUUCCGGGGCGUUCCUGGAAGGGCAGGAACCACAGCACGGAGAGGACGCAGGGGUCUACGGGGGGAGCCUGGCCCCCCGGGAUUGAACGGAACUCUGGGCCCCCCGGGACUGCCUUCAAGCCCUGGCAAGAGAGGGGACCCGGGACCCCGAGCUGAGAGGGGUCUACCUGGAGCCCCAGGUCAUCAGGGACCGCAGGGGUCUGUGGGGAUGGAAGGAUUCCCGGGUGCGCUGGGUGAGCCGGGUCUACCGGGAGCCGUGGGUGUGCAGGGAGCGCAAGGAGAAGGCGGAGACCCCGGGGAGAUCGGAGACCCUGGGGCCAAGGGUGAGCCUGGGCUCCCAGGGGAGGCGGGAGCUGAUGGCCUCCAGGGUUUCCAAGGAGAACCUGGACUCCAAGGCCUUCCCGGAUCCGCUGGGGAUCCUGGGAGCGCAGGGACAAUGGGGUCCAUGGGAAUUCAAGGGGGGAAAGGGGACCUGGGCCUCCCUGGAGAACCAGGCCCACCUGGGCCCCCCGGCUACCCUGGCGGAGAUGGGGAGCGAGGUCUCGCAGGGCCCCCCGGCCCCCCAGCGAGGAAGGGUUACGCUGGAGCUCAGGGGGACCCGGGACACUGGGGCCUGGAGGGAGAGCAGGGCUCCCCGGGGCCCCUGGGCCGGCAAGGGCGCGCCGGCGACAAGGGGGCUGAGGGGGCCCGAGGCCACCCAGGGGAUCAGGGUCCCAAGGGGGCUGUGGGGGAGCAGGGGGAGGACGGAGAUCCGGGGGUGGAGGGGAGCCCUGGAGAUCGCGGAGUUCAGCUGGCCGGGGUGCCACGUCCUCAUGUGGCCCCUUCUGCCAGCAGCCAGCGCCACGCACCCCAGUGA